AUGUCAACACCUUCUACUGCACUUCGUAGAGAAAGCAAAAACGGGCUUCUGCUUUUCCAUUCUUCAUCUCUGAACUUCUCAUUUACCCUACCCCUGUUCCAGCGUGCGCCUUUCACCUUCUACGGUCGCGCCCCCAGCUCUGACAGAAAGGCCUGGCUGGUCUGUAGGAUAACAAAAAAAGUCGGCAGGGACAUCCCUCAAUUUCGCGGCAAACCCGUCAAAAAGGGGCGUUGCCGCCCGUCCUCGCUGUCUCCGACAUGGCUUCAUUUCCCCCUGGUGUGCAGUGUGGUGAAACACGCCCGCGUAUGUAACCGUUACACAUCGCGACGCACGGUACCCGCCCUUCAUCAAACGGCACACCCAGCCUGCACACACGUAUGGCGUGAUGGAUUUCGCUACUACAUAUACUGUGCUCACCCCUCCCCCCCCGCCCCACCUGUCUCCUGGCCAGGGGGCACUCCCUUUUACCACAUGGCGACAGUCAAACACGUGUGCCGUAAAUGUACUCGCCUCAGCAAGCGCGGGCGCGGUAUCUUACAGUGA